AUGUCACGACUGCUGCUGCUCCUGACGUUCACGGGUUACGGGCAGGUGGUGGAGGAUAGGCACGGGGUGUUGGUAGUGGCGCACGGUCCUGCGGCUGCUGCUGUUCCUGCUCCUGAUGUCCACGGGGUGGUGGUGGCGGCGCACGGUCCUGCAGCUGCUGCUGUCGCUCCUGAUGUCCACGGGGUGGUGGUGGUGGCGCACGGUCCUGCGGCUGCUGCUGCUCCCGCUCCUGAUGUCCACGGGGUGGUGGUGGAGGCAUCAGCUCCUGAGGCUCCUGGAGAUGAGGACGAAACGGCUCCUGAAUCUGACGGAGAGGAUGAGGAGGAUGAGGAACAUAUUCGUGGGAGGCAUAGUGGUAACCACUAUGGGAAUCGUAAUACUGGGCCCCAGGAUCAGGGGACAACACCGCCACCUGGCGACCAUUCCAGGCUUCGGGGCUGA